AUGUGUGUGACAAAAUUUUUUCUCUUAAAAAUAAUUUGUAUCGCCACCAAAGAAAUAUUCAUGGUUUGCAAGGAAGGGGGGUUGUUCUUCAAGUGUACAUUGUGCCCAUUUCAAAGUAGUUCAAAACAGGGUUGGAUAGAUCAUUUACAAACUGCUCAUCACAUUCAACUUAAUUCCGAAGAUCUGCAGUUCUCAGAUGAAGACGAGUUUUUGCAGUGGAAAGAAGACACUGAACGCACGACACAUUCAAAGUUUAUUAAAACGCAUGGGUCUACUAGUUCCACACAUUAUUAUGGCUGCCAUCGGUCAGGUAACUUUAUCUCAAAAGGUAAAGGCACAAGACAUCUUAAAUUGACAGGCAGCAACAAAAUGAAUGGAAAGUACCCUGCAGAGAUGAAAGUAACUGUACACGAAGGUGGAACAUACCAAGUACAUUUUGUGUCGACCCACAUUGGUCACAAACAAGAUUUAACGCACCUGCCCCCGAGUCAAAAAGACCGGGAAACCAUAGCAACAGAUAUUGCAAUGGGACUUCCGUAUGACAAAGUUCUAGAUAACGUACGGACAAGUUUGCAGGAUUCGGACUUGCAGAGAAUCCAUUUGACUACCAAGCAAGACUUAUAUAACAUUGCAGCAAGCUAUAACCUCUCCUCCAAGUCGGUCAGACAUAAAAAUGAUGCAAUCAGUGUCGAAGCUUGGGUAAAAGAAAUGAACGAAAGUGAGAAUCCGUCUGUGUUAUUCUAUAAACCACAAGACUCGACUAGUGAACAUCAAGAACUGAGGAGUGAGGAUUUUGUAUUAGUGAUAAUGAACAGAGCACAACGCGAAAUGUUAUCAAAGUAUGGAGAAGACUGUAUCUGUAUUGAUGGAACCCAUGGGCUUAACGGGUAUGAUUUCGAAGUGACCACUCUCUUAGUACUGGAUGAGCUCAGGCAAGGAUUCCCAUGUGCAUUUCUAAUUUCGAACAGGAAGGACGCCGAGUUUUAA